GAUAAGAUAGAAGAAGGGAGGAGAAGAAAAAAGAAGUGAAUAGAGAAAACGGAAGAGAAGACAGGAGUCGUGAAAGCGUCCAACAUUCACCAUCACAAUUUCACCAGCAGUCUUUCUACACCUUUUAGAAAUGUGAAGUGUGGUAGAGGCCAGUAGAUCGCCGCUCUCGAUUCAGCUGACACGAUGAACCAGACAUCGUGGGUCACGACCCUGAGCACCAGCGCCCCUCCUCUCACCCCCUCCAAUACCAGUGGUGAUGGGUUCCAAUCCCUCUUCUCGCCCGCGGGGAACGCCAGCGACAGUGCUGACGGGUUCCAGUCCCCAACACUGAGGAAUGGCAGCGAUGGUUCUGGGUUCCAGUCCCCGUUCUCCCCGGCGAUGGACGCGGCCAUCAGUGUCAUCACCGUGGUGAUCUUGUGCAUCACUAUGGUGUCUCUCGGGUGCACCAUGGAGGUUGCUAAGAUACGGCAACACCUGCUGAGGCCCAAGGGCGUGGCCAUCGCUGUGGUAGCGCAGUUUGGAAUCAUGCCGCUCACCGCCUUCACACUCGCCAAGAUACUCAGCCUGUCUCCACUAGAGGGUGUUACUGUGUUGAUCUGCGGCUGCUGUCCAGGAGGAAACCUCUCCAACAUCUUCUCCCUCGCACUACAUGGGGACAUGAACCUCAGCAUCGUCAUGACUACGUGUUCCACAGUGUUGGCGUUGGGCUUGAUGCCGCUACUACUACUGCUCUACUGCCAGGGUUUAGGUCUACAACAUGCGGUCCCCUAUCUGGGCAUCAUGGUCGCGCUCCUCAUGACGUUGGCACCGUGUGCAGUCGGCAUCGCAGUCAACCACUACAGGCCCCGCUGGUCACAACGCGUUAUCAAGGUCGGUCUGAGCAUCCUGCUGGUUUCGGCGGUUGCCAUCGGUGUGAUGUCGGGCGUUACCAUAGGAACCAGUGUGUGGGUGGUCUUGUCUCCGCGGCUGAUGGCGGCAGCGUCACUGAUGCCCUUUACAGGAUACACACUCGGCUUCAUACUCUCAACACUGUGCAGACUCAAUGGACAGUGUCGAAGGACCAUCGCCGUCGAGACGGGCUGUCAAAACAUCCAGCUGUGCUCCACCAUCCUGAAGGUUGCGUUUGCUCCGGAGACUAUUGGUCCUCUCUACCUGUUUCCUCUUCUCUACAUCGUCUUCCAGGGAGGAGAAGCGCUGAUACUCGUACUGGCGUACAGGACAUAUCGACUACUGAGACCCAAUAAAGAGGGACGGCACGGCAAAGAUGAUCGGAUUACACAACGAAAUACUCCUUUCCUUUCCCUGUUCAACGACGCAAGACUCUUUGGACAUAUUGCAGCCUCUCGCGCCGGAACCGCGCUUGGAAUCGCUCGGACAUCCACACAGGACUGGCAGCUGUGUGGUAAAGCAGGGCGACUGGGCCAGAGCCACUUGGUAACUUAUCUGAGUAACUAG